UUACUUGUUUCCUCUGAUAUUUGGGCCUUCAAAAUUUUUUACUGAAAAGGAAAACGAUCCAUUGCAGUCAACUAUCAAAUGGAUGGUUUCGAGUCUUCUGGUUCACAUCUUCCCUUCCCCAUGACAGUUCAUUGUAUUUAGGACUAUGGAGUGGGAUAAAGAGUCGUGUCCAAGUUUCCCAACACAAGAUUAAGGACCAUUUGUUCCAAGUGAGUAGCUUUUCCAAUCUGUCUUCUUCGGUGAACUUACUCUUCAGCAGUAAAUCUAAAAUUGAAGGAAGCCUCACCUUAUGUGAUUUCUUAUCCAAUCUCUGAAACAAAUGGAACAAGUGAAGCUACUUGGAAAUUAUACCAGCCCAUUCAAUAGGAGAGUCAUCUGGGCUCUCAAACUGAAAGGGGUACCAUUUGAAUUCAUGCAGGAGGACCUCUACAACAACAAGAGUGAAUUGCUUCUCAAGUCCAACCCAGUUUAUAAGAAGAUCCCAGUUCUUAUUCAUAAUGGAAAACCAAUCUCAGAAUCUACUGUAAUCCUCGAAUAUAUCGAAGAGACAUGGCCAGAGAAUCCAUUGCUACCCUUAGAUCCUCAUGAGAGAGCCACAGCUCGUUUCUGGAUUAAAUUUAUAGAAGACAAGAUCCCUAUCAUGUUUGCAUUCUUUCUGUCCAUCCCGGGGGAAGAACAGGACAAGGCAAUUAAGGAUUGGUUGGAAGUUCUGAGAACCAUUGAAGAGCAUGGUCUUAAGGAAGAUAAGAAGUUCUUCGGCGGCGCUAACAUCGGUCUAACGGAUUUGGUUUUCGGAUUUCUGGCUUACCAGUCGGAACCGAUGGAAGAGAUUGUAGGAGUGAAAUUGAUGGAAACCCAUAGCUUCCCUCGACUGCAUACAUGGGCGGAGAACUUCAAAUCAGUCUCUGUGAUCAAAGAGAACCUUCCGGAUCAGGAUAGACUCAAAGCUCAUAUCAAAUGGCGAAAGGAGAUGCUUAUUGGGUCAGCUCAUCCUCGUUAGAUUUUAGAAGCUGUUUCAUCUUUCCCCACUUAAAUGAAGCCUUCCUCUGUUCAUCAGUUUCAGUGUUAUUUUGUUAGUGUCUUUAGUAGGCCUCAGAAGAGCACUAUGUAUGAGAAGUGUAUCUAAUAAAUUUCAGUAUCAGAUUUGAUAACUGAAGAGAGCAAAAAAAAUACUCUUUUUUAUCUAAAACUUCUUAAGAGCAAAACAAUUGCACAACUUGAAUAAGUAACAGGGCAAAAAACUGACAUUUCAGGUUGUUCCUAAUAAUCUCAUAAAUUCCCAGCAAGAGUUUGGUAAGUUCCAAA